AUGGGGUGCUUCUGCUUCAAACCCUCCACCUCUGAGGAUCCUUUUGAAGCUGAAACUGAUAUCGUCAAACAAGUGUCAUCGAAUGAUGCUCACGUUCAAGAAGAUGAACAGCUUGCUUUGGCCAUUCAAAAAUCUAAAGAAGACGAAGAGGAAAGAAGGCCCACCAGGGACUUAGAAGAGCAUGCACAUGAGAGAGGAGAAAGGCAAAAUAAUUAUGACAACUCUUCUUCUUUGAAAGACAAAAAAGAAGGACAGACUUCUGAGGAGAGUGAUGAACAACUUGCUGUGAGUCCUCCUCCUCCUCCUCCUCCUCCUCCACUUGAAGAACAUGACAACAUUUCCUCUGAAGCUCGCUUGGAUGAGAAUGAGGAGCAGCGGAUUAUCUGGGAGAGUUUGAAGGAUAAAGGUCAAACAAAGCCAUCUGAAGAUGAGGUCAUUCCUCCUCGUAGCAAGUGUGGUGGUUGCCACUCUGAGAUUGAACAAGGAGGAUCAGUGGAUGUCUUUGGUGUUCCUUGGCAUCCUGAAUGUUUCUCUUGUGGUGCUUGCCGUAACCCAAUUGCUGUCCACGAGGUUCAAAACCAUGUCUCAAACUCAAGAGGCAAGUUCCACAAAAACUGCUAUAACCGGUACUGCUAUGUCUGCCAAGAGAAAGUUAAGAUUAGAGAGUACAAUAGCCAUCCUUUCUGGAAGGAGAUAUACUGCCCUGCUCACGAAACUGAUGGAACUCCCAAGUGUUGCAGCUGCGAGAGGCUAGAGGUGCGUGAGUUUUACCCUUUACAAAACAAGGCAAGAAAGGAAACGAGAUGA